AGGCCACCUUCGCCACUGCCCUCCUCUUCCCUAUCCCCUUCACUUGGCGCUAGGUUUCUGUUUGUGGUCCUCUCUCCUGAAUUAGAACGCCUGUUACAGAAGCGCCAUGGCUGCUGUGACCCAUCAGGCGGCUCUCUCGGCGUCCGCGCCGAGGCUCGCGGUCUCUCGCGCUCAGCUCGGAGCUCCCAAUCGGCUGGCCGCUUCCGCCUCGCCGAUCCUCAGCCCAUGGUGGCGAAGCCUCUCGCAAUCCCUCACCGCCACAGCUCCAGCUGGCCCCAAGUUCCAGGCUGCCAGCCGCCUAUCCGUGCGCGCCAAGGCCGCAGAGGCGGAGGAGGCUGUCGCCGAGGCUCCUGCUGAGGCUGUUGAGGAGGCCCCUGCCAAGGCCAAGCCCCCCCACAUGAAGCACCUGAUGAAUGUGUUGACGCAGGAAGCAGCGCAGACGCUUCGGAAGGAGCGCAACAUUCCAGACUUCAGGCCUGGCGAUGUCCUUGCUCUCCGCGUGGAAGUGCCUGAGAACAAGAGGCGCGUGUCAUUGGUGCGGGGGAUCGUGAUUUCCAGGCGCAAUGGUGGCAUCAACACCACCUUCCGCAUCAGGAGGAUGAUGGCUGGCGUUGGUGUUGAGAUGGUCUUUCCCCUGUACUCUCCCAACAUCAAAGAGAUUAAGGUUGUUGACAGGAAAAAGGCGCGGCGGGCUAAGCUUUUCUACCUGCGUGACAAGCUUGCUCGUCUCUCCACAUUCAACUAGUGCUUACCUGUAAAACAGCUUUGCAGCAUUGAUGUUUGAGCCUUGCCUGGAGUGUAUCAAAGCUGCUUCAAGUUUCCUACCUCCAGUUGUGCGUUAUGCCCUAUAUAGAGAAGUCAAAUAUGACAGGUUUCAGAAAUGUGGGCCAUCAUGGUAAGGUUGUGGCCAAUUUGAUUUCCAACUGAAAAUAUCUUAUGUUGACGCAACGU